AUGCCGUCGUCGAAAUCGUCAAUUGCAGGCCCAAAGACUCUGGCGAUAUCUGCGCUAGCAAUUGGCCUCGGUGUUCUUGUCGCACGUCCAAUUAAUCGCUUCACCACCGUCCUUGGCGUCUUUCGCCAACCAGCCAACACUGUCGUCAAAGAUGGAGAUUUCGUGACAAUCGCAGAUACGAUGCUCUGCGAAGACUUGCAUCUCCACAAGCCUAGCGGUCUACUAUAUACUGCUUGUGAGGAUUCUUACGAGUCGCGCUUCUCGUGGUUUCCUGGACUGGGCGUACUCCAUGAUCCCCUCAAGGCUAGCAAGUCCCGUGGGUCUAUCCACGUCAUAGACCCCAAAACAUUCAAGUCCAAGAGAUUGGAGUUUCAGGGCUUUGCUGGGCCGUUCAUCACCCACGGCCUUGACGUUAUUUCGGAUCCCGAGGAUGAUUCCAGUGUGUACAUUUUCGCCAUCAACCAUCUUCCUCAUCCUGAAUAUCUGCAACAUAUCGUCGACGGGCAAAGCUAUGACAAGUAUCCUGGCAACAAAGCGGCUUCUCAGAUUGAGGUAUUCCAUCAUAAAACAGGAUCUUCUACUGCCCGAUAUGUUCGCUCUGUCAGUCAUCCACUGAUCCAAACACCAAAUGAUAUUGUUGCCCAGUCUCCGAAUAGCCUUUACGUUACCAACGAUCAUCACUACCGCGAAGGCAUUCUUCGUCAGAUUGAAGAUGUCUACUAUGGCGGAAAAUGGUCAACCACCAUAUUUGUGCAAAUCACGGAUUCGACCUCUCAAGAUGCUACUGCUGGUCUCAAUGCUUCCGUCGCGCUGACCGGACUCCACAACAAUAAUGGUCUCGGUCAUGGAAGGACACUGAAUGAGAUAGCAAUUGGAAGUGCUGCGAGCGGAGAUAUCCAUAUUGCAACUGUCCACAGCAACAAUUCCCUUCAAGUUCUUGAGACUAUCGACUUUGACACAGCAGUGGAUAAUCCUUCAUGGUACUCGGAUUCUUUCUCCGAUGUGAACGGCGACAGCAGUGGUUAUGUCUCGGCUGGUCUAUCCAAGGCUGGGGAUCUAGCCAAGUCAGUUGGAGUUGCUACAGGAACCGAGCCUGUUAUGGUUUGGCUAGCUCAGCCAAAGAAUGGGAAAUGGGAGAAGAAGCUUCUCUUCGAGGAUGAUGGAAAGAGGUUGCGAUCGGCAGCUACAGCUGUGUUGAUCGGCAUUGACCCUAAGUUGGAGGGUGGUAAGAAGAAGGGUUGGCUAUUCGCAACGGGGUUCUAUUCUCAAAACGCUAUCGCUGUCAAGGUCGAUCUUUGA